CCUGCUGGGACUCUGCUCUCACCUCUGGCACCAUGAAACUCCAGGUGUUCUGGACUGGGCUGGAAUACACCUGCCGCCUCCUGGGCAUCACCACUGCUGCAGUGUUAAUCGGCGUGGGCACAGAGACCUUCCUCCGGGGACAGUUCAAAAGCCUUGCAUUCUACCUGCUGUUUACAGGGGCUGCUGUCUCCAUAUGUGAAGGAGCCUACUUUGUGGCUCAGCUGCUGGACAUCUGCUUCAAGUGUCAGCCAGGGUCCCUGGCCCACAGAGCAAGGGAGAAGGCCCACUGGCUGGGCUGCUUCCAGAAGUUCCUGGCCUACAUGUUGCUGUCGGUGGCCUGUUUCCUCCACCCUGUCCUGGUCUGGCAUGUGACCAUCCCAGGAUCCAUGCUUAUCAUCACUGGCCUGGCCUAUUUCCUACUAAGCAAGCGGAGGAAGAGCAAGGCUGCCCCCGAGGUGCUGGCCCCUCCAGAGCAGUACACAGACCCCUCUAGCAGCGCCGUGAGUACCACUGGCUCUGGGGACACUGAACAAACAUAUACCUUUCAUGGUGCCCUCAAGGAGGGGCCCAGCUCCCUCCUCACCCAUAUGAAGAGCAUUCUGAAGGGGACAAAGAAGCCCAGCGCCCUUCAGCCCCCAGAUGCCCUGUUGGAGCUGACACUGGAGCCAGCUGACUCCCUGGCCAAGAAGAAGCAGGUACACUUUGAAGACAAUGCAGUGAGAAUCAUCCCAUCCCUUCCCGAAGGCCUGGAUGACGAAGACAGUGAGCCAGAGGAGACCACCUCUGACACCACUCCCAUCAUCCCACCCCCGCUGGCCCCACUCCUCCUGUCCUCGCUCAUGGGUGCUGACCAGUUCUGA